AUGGCACUAAAAGACGCCGGAACCAAUGUCUUUAUUGACGAUGAUGAGCUUAGAAGAGGGGAAGAUAUAUCAGCGGAGCUGGUGCGGGCAAACGAAAUGUCCAGGAUCUCUGUCAUCGUAUUCUCGAGGAGCUAUGCUAAUUCCAGUUGGUGUCUUGAUGAGCUUGUGAAGAUCAUGGAGUGUAAAAGAACACUAAGGCAAAUGGUUUUUCCAAUAUUCUAUGAUGUUGAUCCUUCAGAUGUGAGGAAACAGACUGAUAGUUUUGGAGAAGCAUUUGUGAAACACGCUGACCGCUUCCUGUUAGAUAUGGAUAAGGCACCUGAACAGCACAUACUUAUUUUGAAGCGGUCUACCCAGUUGGGAAUUGAUUUUCGCGUGGAAAACAUGAGCAGUCAUCUAAAUGUAGGAUCAGAUGAUGUUUGCAUAGUCAGAAUUUUGGGGAUGGGUGGAGUGGGUAAAACAACCGUUGCCAAAGCCAUCUAUAACCGAUUUUAUCAUAGCUUUGAAGCUAAAAGUUUCCUUUCAAGCGUUAGGGAAGCUGCAAAGCAAUAUAAUGGUUUGGUUUGCUUGCAAGAACAACUUGUCUGAUGUCUGGAACCAACCAAGAUAAAGGUAGAUAGUGUUGACAGAGGGAUCAAUGUGAUCAAACAAAGAUUUCGAGGUAAAAGGGCACUUGUCAUAAUUGAUGAUACAGAUCGAGUGGACCAACUAAAUGCAUUAGCUGCAAAUCGUGAUUGGUUUGGCCCCGGAAGUCGAAUCAUUAUAACCACAAGAGAUGAACAUUUGCUGAAGCAACUUGAAGUUGAUGCAAUAUAUUUGGCUCCAGAAAUGAAUGAAACAGAAGCUCUUGAGCUUCUCAGUUGCAUACCAGAGUGGAAAAGUGCAUUGGAGAAGUUGAAAAGAAUUCCUCAUCACGAAAUUCAUGAAAAGAUUAGAAUAAGCUUUGAUGGACUAAAUGAUGAUAAUGAGAGGGAUAUAUUCCUUGAUAUAUCUUGCUUCUUUUUUGGUAUGGACAAGAACAAUGUCAACCAAAUAUUGGAAGGUUGUGACUUUUCUGCAGAAAUAGGAAUGAGUGUCCUCCUUCAAAGAUGCCUUGUAACUGUUAGUGAAACAAACAAGCUGAUGAUGCAUGAUUUGAUUCGAGAUAUGGGAAGAGAAAUUGUCCAUGAAAAAUUCCCCAAGGAGCAUGGAAAACGUACAAGAUUGUGGCAUGAUAAGGAUGUAACUGAUGUAUUGACAAAACACUCUAUUGACAGUGAAGAGGAUGAAGAAUCGAAGGAGCAGAAGAACUUUCCUCUUAUAGUAAUAGCUGUUAUAGGAUAUGCCCAACGACUUUUGAAACUCCUGAAUCUCGAACAAUUGAUGCUCAAAGGCUGUGUGAGUUUGCCAGAGGUUCAAGAAUCCAAUGGACAUCUUGGAAGACUUUCUGUUGUAGGUUUGGAAGACUGCAAACUGCUCAAGGAUCUCCCAACGAGUUUAUACGAGUCAAAAUCUAUUGAAGUUCUUGUUCUUUUAGGCUGUUCAAGAUUUGAAAACUUGGCUGAAGACUUGGGGGAGAUGGUAUCCUUGACAACUCUUCUUGCAGACAGAACAGCCAUACGGAAAGUACCAUUUACCAUAGUAAGACUGAAGAACCUUAGAAACUUAUUUCUAUGUGACCGGAAAUGGUCUCCGUCCAUAAGAGUCGGUCUUAAACUGUUUUGGUCAUGGGUAUUUCCACGAUUUAUUGCUUCCUUCAUUGCAAGGCUUGAACUGUUUAGAAAAAUUGAGUCUAGCGAACUGCAAUUUAACUGA